AUGACAUUCGCAGGCUUGUUAGUGUGCCUUCUAUGGAAUAUUAUAGCAGUUACCGUAGCCUGGAUCAAUGGAGAGGGUCCGACAAUUUGGUUUCUUGCUAUUAUCUACUUCAUAACAAGGGUUCCAGGGGCCUAUAUGUUGUGGUAUCGUCCUCUUCAUCAUGCUAUGAGGACUGAUAGUGCAUUGAAGUUUGGGUGGUUUUUCUUGAGUUACGUGUUCCAUAUUGCCUUCUGCGUCUUUGCUACAAUUGCGUCUUUGGACUUCGAAUUUGCAGUUUUUUUUCAAUUCUUAUUUUGUGUUAAAAAGCCGGGAAUCUUGCCAGCAAUAGAUGUCAUGGGUGAUCAUACUGUGGUUGGCAUUUUCCACUUUAUUGGAUUUGCAUUUUUCUCCAUCGAGGCACUGAUCAGCAUCUCGGUUAUCCAGGAUGUUUACAUGUACUUCCGUGGCAGUGGCAAAGCAGCAGAGAUGAAGCGUGAGGCUGCAAAACGGACAAUGAUGGCCAUCAAUUUGAGCCCGGAGCCUAGCCUGAGAUCCUGGGCUUGGGUCAAGGCCAUCAUUUUGAAACCCGGCCCGAUCCAUCAGCCUGCUUAA